UUGUAGAAACAUACAUACCACAUACUACCAUUUUGGUUGAAUUAAAUAACUUUAAUAGUAUAUUCAAGUCAUGUGGUUUGUACGUAGUAGACAUUAUACCAAAACUUUAAAUUCAGGCAUAUGAACAAAAUGAAACGACAAAGAAUUGGUUUAUUUGUUAUAUAUGUUCUGUCUUUAUUUACUUUAUUUUCUUUGGUUAGAUUUAUCAAUUAUGAGUUCAUUCUAUCCAAAGUUCAAAAUAUCUUCAAUAAAAGGAGUGAUUAUUCCACCAACCAGCGAAAUGAUAUUUCGAAUCUGGCGAAUAACAGAAAUCAUGGCGGAAACGUGAAUAAGGCAUCUUAUGCGGUACACCCGAGGGUUAUUUUACAAUACGGUCGUCCUAGAACGGCAUCAACGCUGCAGUUUCAAAUUUUAUGCACUCUACUAGCUGUUAUGCAUGAACAUGAGAAAAACGCUGUUGGGUGUUAUUUCGACCCUAAACACGACAAGCAACAAUUGAAACGAUAUACAGUUAUAAAAACACAUUCUUUAAAGACGUAUGUUAACAAUUUACCUUCGGAUUCCUGGAUAUUUAUGACUUCAGGAAAUAAUCAACCUAAAAACGAUUUAAAGAUGAUUCAAAAUCUCAAUUUAACAGUUCCUUUUAUUGCAGAUUUGUCUAUGGCAAAGAAAUUAGGUCAUUUGAUGGUUUAUAAAUACCAGACAAUAUCUAGAAUACCAGACGAACAAAUGCAGCACGUUGUUGAAUACUUAAGAUACUGGGAUAUACUUCGCUUAUGCUGUGGAACACAAAUGUCCAAAACCUUGCAAACUUAUCUUAUAAAUAAAACUCAUGAUGCUUACAGGCAGUCCUCAUGUAAAAGUCAUAACAUAAGUGAAAUAGAAACGCUUGUUAUGAAAACACAAAUAUUUAGGACUUUUUCCCAUGAUGAAUCAAUCCAAGAUGUAAUCGGAAAACCUUCACAGAUAGAUGGAGAUUUAAAUGGGAGCUAUUGUCAACGUUGUAACGAAAUAAUAUCUAAAGGAAGAAUACCUAGGAUAGAUGAGGCAUGUAUAUAAUAAUCAAGCAGUGGAAGUUUCGCGGAUGCUCCAAUAAUGUUACUUAUUACAUACUCAUUUUUAUUCCCCGUUUAGUUACACUGGUACCGAAAACGUCAAUAUUUUUUUCAUACACUGACGUCUGAGUUUCUUAUCGGGUGCAUGACUUAAUUCAGUGUGUGUUGUUGCGCUAUUAUUUUCUAUUUAGUUCAGUGUUGUCAAUCCUAUUCAGGCUAUUGAACAUAUUUAUUAUAUUUACAUUGUAUUUGUACGUGUACAUGCGUAAGUUAUAAAAAGGUUAUUAUCUUUUCAUCGGGAAAUAUGCAUUCGUUCUUCAGCGGAAGAAUAUUGCGCUCCUAAAGUAUUUUUAAAGGUAUUUCUUAUAUAAUUCUACUAAUAAAUAGAACAGAAAUCUCUCCUUCAACUGAUAAUAACCAACAUUGACUCCGCGGUAAAACUGCUUUCCAAUGCCUAUAGUGUCGAGAGCGGACUUGAAACCAAUCUAACUGCUUAAUGUUUACAGUUCAACUUCAUGAAUCAAUAUUGUUCAAAGGAUAUACAAAGUCGUCCGUUACUUACCGAUUCUCCGCCUGUGGUAAGGUGAUGACAACUCUGUUGCUCUUAAUCACAGAAGUUAGCAUCGCUAAUUGGGCAUCCGUUGUUGCAUCUUGUUAACGUUUAGGGUAUGGGGGACUAAAUUAGACAUUCUGGAAUAUAACGAAUCCACCUGUAUGACAUAGACGUUCCGAUAUGACUUAGACUACCCCACCAGUUUGUGUUAGUCGAUCGAGAAUGACUUACCUGCCUGUCUGGUUUAGACUUCCCAGAAUGACCUAAUAGCCUGUCUGAGUUACAGAAAGACUAACCGCAUGUCUGUGUUAGACGAUCUAGAAUGACUAAUCCUUCUGUUCUGAUUUAGACGUUCGGGAAUGACUAAGUUAGACGUUCAGAAAUGACUAAACCGCCUGUCAGAGUUAAACGUUAAACGUGACCACCCCUACCUGUUUUAGGUAUUGGAAUGAUUAAUCCUUCUGUUUGAGUUAGACCUUCUGCAUGGACUUACCCAUCUGCCUGGUUAGAUGUUCCAGAUUAACUUACUGGAUUUGACGUUCCAACAUGACUAACACGCCUGAUCCGAGUCGGCUAACAUGACUUUUGGGAUAUACUGGCUAGUGUCAGAAACUGUGUUAGACUCUCCGGAACAGCUAAUUUUCAACCAGAGGUACUCGGUUGGCCUAUGGGCAAUGCUGUAGUGUUAGAGAUUUUUACAAAUGUGUUUAACAAAUUUGCCGUUAUAAAUUGUUUGACAUUAUUAUACCCUUUGGAAAAUUUUGUACUUUUUUUUGUUUAAUUUGAUUGCUUUAGUCUUACUCACAUGAUAAUACAAUUGAUUCAUCAUUCUUGUGAACAUAAGCAUAUUUCAUCGGAGAACCAAAUCAGAUGUCCAGAUUGCUAUGGCGUGGAUUCCAAAGUUUACAUUUUUGUGCAAAUAGCAAAUAGCAUCGCGAGUAAAUACCUUCAUUUGAAUUGUGUUAGUUUAAAGUUUAUUUUUUGCACAGCAUGCAUAUGUUAACAAUAGAAAUGGUUUAUAUGACUGACUUCCACAAUCUGCAUGGUCAUAUACCAUAAACAAUACACAAAAUUUAUUACGUCCAUUUUUUCUUUUAUUAACUUUACACAUCGCGAGAUAUCAUCAUCUUCUUGGUAAAUGUUUGAUUAAGAACGAAAUACUAGGUCCCAGAAAAGUGUGACGGUGUGGCAAUAUAGGCGAAAAGUUUGCUUGAAAAAUUCAUACUCAGUAAUGCUCUCUCCAUCUUGUACAUGUCAAUCAGGUAUUACACGAAUAUUGAACAAUUAUAAAGAAAAGUUUCAAGUAAUAAACUAGGCUAUACAUUACUAUUGACUCUCCCUAUUUUGAAGUUGUACUAGAAUCUGAAAAUUUAUUUCCGUACUUAGUGAUAUAGAUAUAGCGAGGCUAUCAAAGUUAACUCAUGCUAUAAUGUUGCAAUGAUGUAAGUGUAUUGCAGUCUUAAACUGGAUGACAUUGAUCAAAUACGUAUAGUUAAAAACUGUUUUAAUAGCUGCAUAUACGUAUUUAAAACCCUUUUAGUGUGUUAAGGUAAUAUCAGAUUGAUUUGCGGUCCUAAUAAUGGAAAAUUUGUGUAUAGAAAACCGAGUUUUAACGUUAUGUUUUUCAUGGAAAGAGGUUAUACGUCUGCGGAGUAUUUACACUAGGGCGUAGCCUGAGUAAGUUAUCCUCAGUGCUUAUAACCGAUUGAAUGUUUUAAAUUUAGUUAAUAACGAUCUUGCUGUAAAUCAUUUCGAUUCUAAUAUGGCCUUAAUCUAAACCAGCAGAUAAAAUAUAAUAAAGCUCUUUCUUGGUUACAACAAAACCAUGACCUCAACGCCUGUUAAGCGUAUUAGAAUAAACAUUUCAAUAUAUUAAUUAAGAGUGUCCUUUCUUAUUACAGCACAUUUGAUUCAUUUUUAUUGGGUAAAUAUUCGUUACUGGUAUACAAGCUGUAUUUAAACAUUAAUGUUUCUGACUAUGAAAGAAAUCAUAACAAAUUAGCACUGAUACAUUGUUAUACGAUUUAUCCGUAAACAGCAAUUUAUCAAUUUUCCAUUUGUCGAAAUUUCCCGUCCUGUUCUAAAGCAGGAAGUAUAUUCAAACUUCUACAAUACAUAUUUUCACUGUAUAAACGGAAUCAUUCUGCUACGAAGUUUGUUUAAUGUUUAUAUAACACACCGCUAUUCAAAAGGACUGUCAAGUUCAGAUUUAUAUAGUGAUACAUUACCUUUGAUAUGAGAAUAAACUGCCAGAAAUAAGCUCCUUUACUGCAAACUACAUUUGACUACUUAUUCAGCAUUCUGACACAGAUGUGAUAUUUCAAAAUUUUGAUAAUUCAAGGGCAUCAGUUUCAGAGAUAUAGCCAAGAUAACGAGCUAACAAACAGUUUGACUAAUUAACUGAUCUGACUGUCUUAUUGUAAUUUGAAGUAGCUGAAGGGCCAUAACUCAAGUGACUUGGAAAAUCCAUCUGCCAGACCUAGCAUUAUCAAUUUUUGCCAUUUUUAAUAAUUCAAUAGAGAAAAGUGGAAACUUCACAGGUCACUCAACACGACAAAAACGAAAAUGUUGCAGGCUCAAGCCACUGGAACAACACAGAAGGAUUAUCAAACUCAGCGGACAUGUAAUUCACAUAAACAUAGUGAAUAUGUUUGUUUAACAUUUUAAAAGAACUACUCAGAUUUUAGUUUGUAAACUUUAGAAAGUUUGAGAAACUCAAUGGCCAUAACUCCAGGGAAACAUCGCCAAGGCAUUGUGCCUAUAAACAUCGUAACCGAAUUUCGUGAACUGCAACUUUUUGUGAACAUCGCCUAUCUCCCGUUGCAAGGGAUCCCAUCAUAUGUCUCAUUUUACGGCCGCAUAAGACACGUAUAGAUUUUGAAAAUCCUACUGUUAGUGUGUUAAAUACAAACUACUUGAAUGUCUCUAAUUUUGAAUAAAACUAUGCAUCUCUGGAACCCUAGUUAUGUAAGAAAUGAUUUUGUUAGUUUCGUUUUUUAAUAAUGCAUAUAAAUGUAGAAGGACAUAAUCCUGUGUACCUCAAUUUAACAUGUUUGUACUAAAUGACAUAUGUAUGCAAUUGUAUUCGGAAUAUGAUCAUGAAUCAAAUACUCCCAAAACAGUUUUUAGCAUUACAAUCGCCUGCACUAUUCAGCACCGUCAUUUGCAUCUGAAUAUCACUAAACAAAUAUCAAAUAUAUGUCCAAUAUGAUGCAUAAAGUUAAAUUCACAAUUCUUUAGAGUUUUUGCAAUGUUUCAUUUUUUUAUGGAUACUGUUGUACCGACGGUGAUUACUCUCAGCAAUCAUCUAUGCGGGGGUAGUUAUAUAGUAAGUCAUUCUCUGUAUCCGUGAACAGUUAUGUUGUGAAUUUGUGUUUGGUCUGUCCUUCCUGAAAUUAUAAAAUCAGUAAUAUUACAAUAAAAUAUAAAUAUGAAUAAAACCUAUAAAUGUUGCACUUGCCAUCUUUUAAUUUUUCAGCGUUAUUUUUAAUUUCAUGUUUGAAAACGUAUCACCCUUGAAAACUGAAGUAUACUAAACACACAAGCAUACUAAACAUAAUCUUUAAAAUUGUGCAUAGUAUCUAAAAUUUUUGGUGUAGCAAAACUAAAUUGUCUGCCUAUUGUCCAGAUUGCCUUUUUAUAAAGAACGCAUCAUAAUAAAGAACCUGCGUAUCACUCAAUUUUCCAAAGUAGUAGUAGAAAAAUCUUCUUUUUUUUUUUAAUGUACAGCAGAACCAACUUUUUGUGACGACCGAAUGUCGGCCAGACACUGACUGACAGACAGACGCACGGAAAAUGCAAGGAAAUGAAACACGAAAUAAGAGUUAUAAUAUCCUGAUAGUUUCAUAACUAACAUGUUUUUACUAUAACAUCUUUUCAGAACUGACAUACAGACAAAUUAAUAUACGAACGAACGGCCAUAUAAAUUCACAACAUUCCGUCUACUUGUCAAAUGCUAUUAGCUUCAUACACUUUCAGUGACGCAUUGUGAUUAUGUUGAAUUACGUAAUUCUUUUUAGUAUGGCAGUGACCUUUUGACCUCGGGGUCAGGGAGCUCUGCAUGACACAUCAUCUUUGUAUAAGUGACAUUUAUGGCAAGUUAUAUUAAGAUCUCUUGGUAUAUGGUUGAGUGUUGGGGUGGAAAGAGAAAAAUCCUGUUGCCAUUCUAUCGAAAAGUGACAUUUAUUUAAAAUAUGUUGAAUUUGCGCAUAACUCCUCCUAACGUUAUGGAUACUGUUUGUGCUAGUUGAUAUUAAAAUACCUUGAUGAAAAAUUGAACUAACAAGGAAUGAUUUUACCUUUAGGUGUGAUCUUGAGCUACACUUCAUGGUGUCGUGUCGAACCUAGGUAACAAUAAUUUCUCAUGAAGGUUGGUUGGUUAUGUACCAGACUUUUUACAACAAUACUGAGUAUUGAUCUCCAGGUUCGAACUUUACCUUUGAGCUUGGGGUCUGAAUUUUGCGCAUGUAAGGAUAUCUCAUUAUAGGUAAAUUUCAUGCCUAGAAAUAUUAUAACCCAUCUGUAGAAUGCAGAUUAUUGACCUAACAUAAAGAGACCCAGUUUGCACCAAGAAAAUCCUUGCCUCUAAGUGUAUCCUUGACAUUUAAAUUCUGUAUUUGAAGAUUGCGUAUGACACAUUUCUAAUGGGAAACAUUUUUGCCAAGUAAGAUAAAAUCUCUUGAUGAAUGGUAAAGGAAGAAAAAACACGUUGACCUUUAAUCCCAAGUGUUACCUAGAAAUUUGGAGUUGCACAUGUAGUAAAGUCAACAAUUUAUUUGUGGGAACAUUUGUUUCGAGUGAUAUCUUUUUUUUUCUGUUAAUUGGAAAUCGUGUUCAGUCGCAAUGCCAAUUUGACCUAGAAAAGCA